UGCCAUUUACCCUGUUGGUGCCGUCGCUAGCUUACCGUACACCCGCGGCAUACCUGUCCCUCUCCCAAUUCGUUCUCAUCCAAUCUCCCAGUUCCAGUUCCAGUUCCAGCAGCUCAUAGCUCGUCAAUGGCCGAUGGCGGAAUCGAGGAGAAGAGUCCUCUGGAACCACCGCCCCUACGUCCUCCUCCUUUCCUUGAGGUUGUCUGCAGAAGUUCUGGAAGUAUAAGGCGAUUCGCUGCUGGUACAGACGCUGGAUUUGCCUUGUCUUUGAUCAAUCGAAAGCUUGGUUUAGGGAUUCCACUUGCUUCACAUAUUGAGGCUGUUAAAGAAGGGGAAGAACCUGUCAGUUUUGGUCCUACUUCAGUUCUCGCCGACUAUGGAGAGGGUUGGACAUUGCAGACGGUUGUGGAAGAAGGUCAUGGGAAAGGGAAGAAAGCGGAUCAACCAUCACCAGAACAUGUUCCUAUUGCAAUGAAAUCAGAUGGUUUACAUCCUGCAAGGAGAUCUCCUAGAGAGUCUAAACCAAAGAACACUUCUCUGUACAUUGGAAGGAUAGUGCUUGCUUUUGUUAUAAUGUUUGUCUUUGGUGCAAUGUUCACCUUACUUCUAGAAAAUCUUCCCAGGAUAAUCCUUUCUCUAACACAAUUUAUGUAGAAUUCAGAUCUGACUUCACAACCUAAUCAUUCAGAGAACAGAGAAUACUGGUUUCCAUUGUAUUUUUUUUCUUUCUCUAAUUCACCCCCCCCCCCAACAACCCCCAUCUCUUUCCUUUAAGUUGCUCUUCAUUGAUGAAAAUGUGGUCAAAGAAAACAUCUGCAUUCAUGAGUUGGUUCUGAAUACUUUUUUCUGUAAAAUAUUCAUAUAAAUACAUAAGAUACUCUGUUUUCAGGUA